CCUCAGUCCAGCUGCGGAGCAUUCCAGUCUCUCGUUGAUAUCUCUAGAGACGAACCUCAACAUUCCAACUCUGAAAGAUGGGUGUCGAGCCUCCGUUCAUUUACGACCGACCGAGCACCUACACAUUCGGAGGGCCAACCCAGCGUGCGUUCGAUCCCAAAGCUGCCACUCGAGCAUCAUGGGCACCGAAGCCAGCGAAACCAAAGCAAGAUGGGCCUUUAAUUGAUUUCAACAAACAUCCUGAUACUUUCGUGGCUAUUCCAUACGGGAACCUCAACGCCAAACCCAUGCCUCCCAAUACUGAACGACGAGUCACCAGGGGUCGUCAAACCCUACUGCUUAUGCGAAUCUGUAGCCUGUUGGGGGCUCUGGGAAUCCUCUUCUGUGUCAUCGCCAUCAACAAAGUCGCGUCCACGAUUGGCUGGAUCAUUCGAGUUGCCCCUGCGGUCGCCAUCCUACACACUCUCUAUGGAAUAUAUCACCUUUUCAAAGCCGCCGCCGGUAGAACUCCUGGCUCGACCGCAAGCUACAUGGUAUUUGCAGGCGUGCUCGACACUGGCUUGAUCCCAUUCUUCGUCUUUUCGGCGUGGCUGGCACACGCAGACUACGCGGAGAAUAAAUACGGCUGGAGCACAUUGUUCAAGGAUUCGGACAUCUCAUACAAAAUCAUCUAUGCUCUCUUCUUGCUAUCAUGUAUUGAAGGCGGCCUCAUGGCGGUAUCUCUGUUUUUGGACAUUUACUUGGGGGUAAAGUUCCGCCAGAUCGCCAGGCUUCCUCCUGAUCUCAAUCCUCUUGAGCCAAACUUUACUUCGCGACACAAACGGAACAAGUCCGAGGGUAUCACCGAGAAGAACAUGAGAAAUUCUGAACUGGCUUCCAGACGAGUAUCUCAAGGGACAGGCUUCAAACGGAUUCCGUUUGUGCAUACCCGUACCGAUUCGGCAGACAGCGUCACGUUGUAUGGUAGCGAAGCUGCACGCAACUCCAGGGUUGGGUUGAGAAAGGAGAUUGACGACAACGAAAAGGAUCCCUGGCAUUGGUCAAGAACAUCCUCUCCUACACGACCCGGCUCUGCAGUCAACCCGUCACCCAAUUCACGUGUCGCCGGUGCCGGUCUGGAAUACCGUCCGGAGCGCUCUUCAGGACUGGCCCAACCAACAGCAACAACAGGCCGCCCAGCUUCCUGGCUUUCAUAUCUCGACUAUGAAGGUGUGCCUAGCCUCAUGAGUGAUGAAGCCAAUGAUGAACUCGACCACGAAGUUCGGCCUGUUUCUCCAGUCUCUGCUCUCUCGAUGCAUGAUGCCUCUCAUGGAACCAUGAACAAUGAGCGAGAGAAUCGGUACCAGCCAUCUGGUCGUGACAGCCAACAACCUCAGUCGUAUCCGGCACACAACGGCAGCCAGGUUUUCACGCAAUACGACAAUGCCAGCCAAAGUAAUAUAAACCAUCGGCUGCUGCAAGCACAGUCUCCACCACAACCAAAGCGAAGUCGUGAACCACUUGCAAUGAACCCUCCAUCGCCGGUCAGAGGGCAAUUCGCCAAUGAGAAUGUGUACUCGACGCCAUUGCGUCAGGUCCAAUCUUCAGACUACUAUCAUGCUCCUCGGGGCGUUCUUUCUGACGCAGAUGUCAACAGCAGUCAGAAUCGAGGCAAUGGAAUGUCGCCCCGACCAGCAAGCUUCAUGGGGAGUGCUUCCAAGGCUCGUUUCUACGGAGACCUCAAAUCACCCGGCGGUUCGGUAUCAUCCCAAGGCUACCACAGUGACCAGAAAAUAAACACCAACGCAGGUGCUCUCCGAGAAGUCGAGGACCUCUAUGGACGCACCAAGACCAUGCAGACGGAAAGUGACUAUAGUGCCAAUUUCGACGUUUAUGACAGCGAUGAUGAUGAUGGAAAACUUUCGGCCAACAUCGGUGGUGGUCAUGCGCCAGUACAGGGUCAGCAGUGGAACGGCGCUCGACAGAUUUCCAAUUCCACAGGGUACGACUUGGCUGGUGGGUAUGCUGGACUCGGGUCCGAGUUUGGCGCGGGCAUGGGCCGCCGACGUGAUGUGAGUGGCAAAGUAGCAGAAGAAGGUCGUGCUUCACCGCCGAAGAAGACACAAAACAAUACCAAAAACGGAGCCGCAGGCUGGGAGAGGUUCAAAGGGUUGUAAUUGUGUCGAGACGGAUGAUCAUCGACGGGACACACGCCAUGGAAGCACGCACUUUACGCCUGGGAUCGAGAAAUUGAAGGGCGGGCAUAAUAGUAUGACUGGGGACAAUGGGAAUGGGAACGGAGUUCUUCUGGAUCAUGGGACUAUGGGAAAGGGAAAGAGGAAAUGUUAUUUGUGCUUGGAUCAUAUCGACGCCAAAAUGUUUGCCUCGGGAAAAUGACAAAGAGACUACUGCAUCAGAAAUACCCCUUGGGAUUGGCCGACAGUCGAAUUUGAGAUCAGAUGAUGAUGGCACUUUGGAUCGUGUAGGUGCAAUAGGAGUUGGUCGAUUGGUAAAGUAAAGGAAUGCAAAAAAAGUCGUUUGAG